AUGGGUUUUAUUCAGAGCAAAAAUGACAAUUCUCUCUUCAUUUUACACCAUCAGCAACACACUGCCUACCUUCUUCUUUUUGUUGACGAUAUACUACUUGUUACGUCUUCGGUUCAACUUCGUCAACAACUUAUGGCUAGUCUCUCUAGUGAAUUCGCUGUGAAAGAUCUCGGUCCUUUGAGCUACUUCUUGGGAAUUACUGUUACCCGGCACAAAGAUUCAAUGUUUCUCUCUCAACAGGCAUAUGCUCAUGAUAUUAUCCACCGUGCAGGUAUGCGCUCAUGUAAACCAGUGGAUACACCUGUUGACACCCAACCCAAAUUAUCGGCCACAUCAGGUGACCCGUUUGACGAUCCAUCACUGUACCGUAGCUUGGCAGGUGCUCUUCAGUACCUCACUUUCACCAGACCUGAUCUGAGCUACGCAGUCCAGCAGAUUUGUAUGCACAUGCAUGCGCCAAUGAACUCCCACUGGCAGGCUCUCAAACGAAUCAUUCGAUACUUACAGGGCACGACAUCAUAUGGCCUCACACUUGAACCAUCUUCUUCCGUGACUAUGACUGCUUACACAGACGCUGAUUGGGCUGGCUGCCCUGACACACGCCGCUCAACCUCCGGAUACUGCGUUUAUUUUGGACCCACUCUUCUCUCUUGGUCCUCUAAACGUCAACCUACGGUCUCUCGGUCAAGUGCUGAAGCUGGGGGGUUGCUAAUGUCGUUUCAGAAAUAUGUUGGCUUCGCAACCUGCUUCUCGAGCUCCGUCACCCGCCUACGAAAGCCACCCUUAUCUACUGUGACAAUGUCAGUGCUGUUUAUCUAUUAG